UAAAAGCGGCAUUUGAGGGGAGGGAGGGAGAAAGAGAGAGAGAGAAGCAUAGCCUGGCCCUAUUGCACCUUUUCUCCGUUCAUUUUCCCUCUGAACACGAACGAAGUAAGUAGCACUUUGAACUCUAAGUAGUAGGUGUAAGAAAAAGGGAAAAUAAUUAAAAUAAAAAUAAACAAAAUAUAAUAUUAGCAGAGCCUCCUCUCCUGGCUUCGGAAACUACGCCGAUUCGUUCAACGCUUUCCUCAUUCUCUCAUCCAACCUAACACUCUCCUUUCCACAGGUUUUUGAUGAAUUGCUGAUUGGUGUAUGUAGAAUGCGUUGAGCAAACAGGUGUUGUCUGUCUGAGUUGUGAUUGGUCGAGAGUGUGAACAUGGAUAUGGCUUGUGGCUUGCCGCAGUCAAGGAUUUUGCACGGAGGUGUGGGGACGAGUUACAGGCACAGAUCAGUUGGUCAGUUUGGUUGUUUUAAUUUUAGAGGGAGAGGUUUUGGUUGUGCGGUUUUCGGCAACUCAGUUUCGAGAUUGCGUGGUAGUGGGAUGAGUGUUUCUGCAUGUUGGAAUAAUUCUAGAGUGGUUACUGAUAGGGAGUUUAAUGUUUUGAAUGUGAAGAGAAGUUUGUCUUGUAAGAAUAAUGGUCUUCUUAUGGGGUCGAGAGUAAUUUGGUCCAAGUGCCAGGGUAAUGAUUCUUUAGCUUAUGUUAAUGGCAACGGUCGGAAUGUUGACUAUGUGGAAGGUUCAGGUGAGGAUGCAGGAUUGGGGCCUGUUUCUAGUGCUGAACUGGAUGCACCUUUGGAAGAAGAAGGGAGGAAAGAAGGAGGGGGUGAAAUAGGAGUAGAGGAACAAAGCGUGGAUGAACUGAAAGAACUAUUGCAAAAGGCCUUGAGGGAGCUGGAAGUAGCUCAAAUAAAUAGUACCAUGUUUGAGGAAAAAGUUAAAAAAAUAUCAGAGACUGCUAUUUUCUUGCAUGAUGAAGCAGUAAAUUCUUGGAACGAUGUUAAUUCUAACCUUGACACCAUCCAAGAAUUAUCAAAUGAAGAACUCACGGCCAAAGAAGCUGUCCAAAAUGCAACAAUGGCUCUUUCAUUAGCUGAGGCAAAGCUUCAAGUAGCCAUAGAAUCUUUGGAGGCUGCAAAUGAAGUUCCUGAUUCAGCACUAGGUUCUAAUGAGAGCAAUGGUGAUAAGGACACAGUGGAAGAGGAGAAAGCUAUUUUGGAUGCUCAAGAAGAUAUCAAGGAAUGCCAGGCUACAUUAGCCAAUUGUGAGGCAGAGCUGAAGCACUUGCAAAAUAGAAAGGAGGAGUUGCAGAAGGAAUUGAGCAAAUUGCAAGAAAUUGCUGAAAAGGCUCAGCUUAAUGCGGUGAAAGCUGAAGAGGAUGUUACAAACAUAAUGCUUUUGGCAGAGCAAGCUGUUGCCUUUGAACUUGAGGCUACAAAACGUGUAAAUGAUGCUGAGAUUGCCUUACAGCGAGCAGAUAAGUCUAAUUCUAAUUUAAAUGCUGAUGCCAUAGAAACUACACAAGCACAGGAUGUUGCGGUUGUUCCUGAAGAGGAGAAAGUGGUUCAAGGUUUUUCUGGUGAUGUCACUGUUGAAAGAGACACAGAUUUGGCAAUUGAUGAUGAAUCUUUGCUUUCCAAGAUAUCACCUGAAACACUAUCUGAUAAAACCAGCCAAAUUUUGGAAGACAAACCACAGUCUGAUUAUUUAAGUGAUAAUGAGAAUUCUGUGCAAACAAAAAAGCAGGAAACGCCGAAAGAUUUGGCCAGAGAUAAUUCAUCCUUUGCUCCGAAGUCAUUAUUGAAAAAGUCUUCUCGAUUUUUUCCUGCAUCAUUCUUCUCUUUUCCUGAGGAUGAGACUGAACCAGCAUCGGUUUUCCAGGGCCUUGUAUUAUAUAUACAGAAGCAGUUUCCCAAGAUGAUAUUUGGGUUAUUGCUAAUGGGAGCAGGGGUUGCCUUCUAUGCUAAUAGAGUGGAGAGGAAUGCUCAGCUGCUUCCACAGGCAGAUGUUAUUAUGACCAGUGUUGAAGAAGUUUCCUCUAGUGCAAAGCCUCUGGUUAGACGACUUCAGAAACUCCCCAAGAAAAUCAAGAAAAUCAUUGCAUCAUUACCGCAUCAAGAGGUGAAUGAGGAAGAAGCCUCCCUCUUUGACAUGCUUUGGUUAUUACUUGCAAGUGUCAUAUUCGUGCCAAUAUUUCAGAAAAUCCCUGGAGGCAGUCCUGUUCUUGGCUACUUGGCUGCUGGCAUCCUGAUUGGGCCUUAUGGUCUCUCUAUCAUUCGUCAUGUCCAUGGGACAAAAGCAGUAGCUGAAUUUGGAGUUGUUUUCCUUCUAUUCAAUAUUGGCCUGGAGCUCUCUGUUGAAAGACUUAGUUCAAUGAAGAAAUAUGUCUUUGGAUUAGGCUCUGCACAGGUUUUGGCAACUGCUGUAGCUGUCGGCUUGGUGGCUCAUUAUAUUUGUGGCCAAGCUGGUCCUGCUGCUAUUGUCAUUGGGAAUGGCCUAGCGUUAUCAUCAACUGCUGUUGUUCUGCAGGUGUUGCAGGAGAGAGGUGAGAGCACAUCACGUCAUGGACGAGCUACUUUUUCUGUGCUACUUUUUCAGGAUCUGGCUGUGGUGGUCUUGCUAAUACUCAUACCUCUUAUUUCUCCUAAUUCUUCCAAAGGAGGGGUUGGUUUUCAAGCUAUUGCUGAAGCACUUGGACUGGCUGCUGUUAAGGCAGCAGUUGCCAUCACUGCCAUAAUUGCAGGGGGGCGAUUGCUCCUUCGACCAAUAUACAAGCAGGUUGCAGAAAAUCAAAAUGCAGAAAUUUUUUCAGCCAACACACUCCUUGUUAUACUUGGCACGAGUCUUCUUACAGCCAGGGCAGGACUUUCCAUGGCAUUGGGUGCAUUUUUGGCAGGUUUACUACUGGCAGAAACUGAAUUUUCCUUACAGGUUGAAUCUGAUAUUGCUCCAUAUCGUGGCCUUCUUUUGGGCCUCUUCUUUAUGACGGUUGGGAUGUCAAUUGAUCCAAAACUUCUUGUUUCAAACUUUCCGGUCGUCGCAGGUGCUCUAGGACUCUUAAUAUUUGGCAAGACUAUCUUGGUUUCUUUGAUGGGUAGAAUGUUUGGGAUUUCCCUCAUUUCUGCUAUCAGAGUUGGUCUUCUUCUUGCUCCUGGGGGAGAGUUUGCAUUUGUGGCUUUUGGUGAAGCUGUUAAUCAGGGCAUAAUGUCUCCCCAGCUAUCAUCUUUGCUGUUUCUUGUUGUGGGCAUUUCAAUGGCCAUCACUCCAUGGCUAGCUGCAGGAGGCCAGCUGAUUGCUUCCCGUUUUGAGCAGAAUGAUGUGAGAAGUUUAUUACCUGUAGAAAGUGAGACAGAUGAUCUGCAAGAUCAUAUCAUUAUUUGUGGAUUUGGACGAGUUGGCCAGAUAAUUGCCCAACUACUUUCUGAGCGACUUAUUCCGUUUGUUGCCCUAGAUGUAAGAAGUGAUAGAGUGGCAGUUGGUCGUGCACUGGAUCUCCCUGUGUACUUUGGAGAUGCUGGUAGUAGAGAGGUCCUGCAUAAGGUUGGGGCUGAAAGGGCAUGUGCUGCAGCAAUAACUCUUGAUACGCCUGGUGCAAAUUAUAGAACAGUUUGGGCUCUGAGCAAGUACUUCCCAAAUGUGAAGACUUUUGUUCGUGCCCAUGAUGUAGAUCAUGGAUUGAAUUUAGAAAAGGCUGGAGCUACUGCUGUUGUCCCAGAGACCUUGGAACCAAGUCUUCAACUAGCUGCUGCUGUGCUUUCUCAGGCCAAACUCCCCACAUCAGAGAUUGCAGCAACUAUAAAUGAAUUCAGAUCUCGACAUCUGGCUGAGCUCGCAGAGCUGUGUGAAGCAAGUGGUAGUUCUCUUGGUUAUGGAUAUAAUAAAAUUAUGAGCAAACCCAAAUCUCAAUCCACAGAUUCAUUAGAUGAGACCCCAGUCUCAGAAGGGACACUGGCAAUAUGAAGAUUUCCACAUAUAGACAAAGUAGAUGGCAGAAGUAAACGUGUUAGGAAAAAAAAAUUGUCAAAAAAUGUAUAGCAGAUUAUUAGUUUCAUUGUCUUGUACAGAAAUAUAGCCAGAUAGAACAAGAUACAAUAAUUUUUCUCCUUUCCCAGAAAAUUUUGUUUCCGGGCCUCAAAUUUCUUUCAGGGAGGAUAUCGUUAUUACAGUUGUUGCUGUAGUUAUAUGUGCCAUGGGCAUUGUUUUCAUUUGCCUUGGCUGUAGAAAAACUUGGUGUCGUGUUUCCAUUAAUUAUCAUGAAAUAUGAACAUGCUAAUGCCCUGGACAAUUAGGGCAACACUUGCAGGUAGAUAAUUGACUAUCUUCAAACUCA